AUGGCGAAUUCCAAUCACUCUCCUGAGCUCCCCACGCUCCGCACCUUCCGUCCCGGUGGAACAACCGGUAUCUACGCCUACUACGAUGGGCGCACAUGCCCCUGGCAUUCCUCAAACUGGUACGAUGAGACCUUGGCCUUGGGUGUAGCGUCAUACAGUAUCAUCGGCGGGGAUGCCGCCCUGCUCUUCGACGCAGGUUUAACGCCUGCGCACGCAGCCCACAUGCUUGCGCACGUGCGGAGCUUAGGUGCCAAUAGUGUGAUAACGGUGUACAGUCAUUUCCACGCCGAUCAUAUAGCUGGAGCUUCGGCGUUGCGAGAGACGAGGAUCCUCGCGCACAGGGGCACAUACGAAAGAUUGGAGAAGGACGCGGAGAAGUUGAGAGACCCCGACGAAGGUGAGGGACCCAGUAUCGACGUUGUGCUCCCCACCGAGACCUAUGAGAAGACAUUGUCGCUUCAAAUCGGCAGCAUCAAAGUCGAACUGCACAAUUUCCAUAUCCACACCGCAGAUUCCACGCUUCUUUUCCUCCCAGAAUCAGGUCUGGUAUUCGCUGGCGAUAUGCUCGAGGACACCGCGACCUACCUCUCAGAACCCAAAGAUCUCAAGAAACACCUACGGGAGCUGGAGCGGAUGGCGCAAUUGCCUAUCAAGAAAAUAUUGCCUGCGCAUGGCUGUCCAGACCGGAUCAAGGCUGGAGGUUUUGAUAAAUCGUUGAUCGAUACUACAGUGCGGUAUCUGGCGGCGCUGGACGAGCCUGUUGAGGAGCCCGUCGCGUGGGCAAAGAAAUUGGAAGAGGUAGUGAAGGAUGAUUUGGUCGCAGGGAGAUUGAUUUACUGUCAGGCAUACGAGGGCGUGCAUCGUGAGAACAUUGAAUAUAUGAAGGAGAUACGAGAAGAAAGCACUGCUAUCAAUACAACGAAAAAUUGA